CUUUUAUCUCCUUAAUAACUUCAUCCACCCUCUAUCCAUUAAUCCAAUCUCAAGAUUUCAUUCCCUUGCAUCUACUGUCCAAGCAUCCGAAUGACGGGCCUGACGGGCUGCCCCGUCCUGACGAGCCCGUUUGGGCACCUUCCCGGUGGAAUUUGUUGAUGAAAUUUUUUGAGCAUGUUCCUCAUCAAGUCUAGUUUGUCCAUACCAAAUUUCAGCUCAAAAUUCAAUCGGGAAGGUCGUCAAAUGAUUUUUGCAAGUUAACUGGUCCGGAAAAUACAUAUUCCAGACCAGUUAAGUUGCAAAAAUCAUUUGACGACCUUCCCGAUCGAAUUUUGAGCUGAAAUUUGGUAUGGACAAACUAGACUUGAUGAGGAACAUGCUCAAAAAAUUUCAUCAAAAAAUUUCACCUGGAAGGUGCCCAAAUGGGCUCGGCCGGAAGGAGCAUCCCGUCAGGCCGGCCUGAUGAGAAGAGCACUCUCGGAAUGGUAUAAAGCUAAAUCCUCACUCAAUCUUCCUUUCGCAAGUGAAUUAGGAGCACAGACAAAAACCAAACGAAUUAGGAUAACUGCAGGGGGAAUGCUGUUCCCUACCGAAUUUUGGGUCGCCAUAGUUGCGGCGGCGGUUUUGUGGAGCGCCGGAGGAGCCUACGGGAUCAGAUUCGUCAUUGACAGAGAGGAGUGUUUUUCCCAGAAGGUGGAAUUGGGGGAGACGGUGCAUUUUUCAUUCGUGGUGAUUAAAUCCGAAAAUUCUUGGCGUUACAGUGAAGACGGUGUUGAUCUUUUGGUGAGUGGACCACAUGGUCAACAGAUUCACGAUGUGCGCGAUAAAAUCAGCGAGAAGCAUGAAUUUAUUGCUAAUCAUGAUGGUGUACACCGUUUCUGUUUCACAAAUAAAUCCCCUUAUCAUGAAACUAUAGACUUCGACCUGCAUGCCGGGCACUUUAUAUUUCUUGAUGAGCAUGCCAAAGAUGAACAUUUCAAGCCUUUGUUUGAGCACAUCGGAAAGCUUGAGGAAGCUUUGUAUAACAUUCAAUUUGAGGAACAUUGGUUGGAGGCUCAGACGGACCGACAAGCAAUAGUAAACGAAAGAAUGAGCACAAAGGCAAUCUACAAAGCUUUUUGGGAGUCUGUGGCUCUUAUUGGUGCUAGUCUUCUGCAAGUUUAUCUCCUUAAGCAUUUGUUUGAGCGGAAGCUGAGGCAGUCCAGAGUUUAAUCUUUGAUCAUACGAUUUUCACUUCUGCUAGGGAAUAUUUGUAGACAUUAAUGACCAAUUUCUCCUAGGGAAUAUAGAGAGGAUAAGUACCAAAUAUGAGUGGUGUUUGCACGUAUUUACAAUUAUUGUACACAUGCACGCAUUCAUAGACUUCAAUGUGAGAACAAAAUGGAGUAUUUGAUGGUUUAAAUUUAUAGCGGUGUGACAAUUGUUAGCAAAAGCAAGUGUUAAUGAGAUCAUUAGAAACAUGUCUUUUCUGCAAACAAAUAGCGGUUUGAAAUAGUUCAAGAAAUGAAAUUGUUGUUGCUAAAUAGUUCAAUUUUGCCCUAGCUAGCGUUUUUAACGUUACCAAU